UAAAAAAAAGGAGAAAAAAAAGAGAGAGAGGAGCGAGAGCCAAAAACGGCGCCGGGCUCAUGGAAGGAGACCAAAUCCAGAGCUUCCCAAUCAUGGGCAUCUCGUCCUCCGCGCCGUCGAGGACUUCCCACCACCGCGGGUGGAGCUGGGGCGCGGCCCUGGCCGGCGCCGCCACGACGGCGGCGGCGGCGGGCGUGCUGGUGUGCCGGCCGAGGGACCCGAGCUUCGAGCUCAUCUCCAUCGGCCUGUCCACCUUCCACUUCCGGCCCCCGGCGGCGCUGGACAUCGGGCUCACCCUCACCGUCCACGCCACCAACCCCAACGUGGUGCCCGUGCGCUACGGCGCCUCCACCGUCUCCAUCCUCUACGGCGGCGCGUGCCUCGGCACCGCGCAGCUCGACGCCGGCGGGCAGCCGGCCACCUCGUGCCGCCUGCUCCACCUCCCGGCCCGGCUCGACGCCCUGGAGAUGGCGCACCACGCCAGGGCCAUCCUCGCCGACGUCGCGCGCCGGCACAUGGAGCUGGACGCCCAGCUGGAGAUCGUCGGCGAGGCCGCCGUGCUGCUCUGGUCGCGCCGCUUCUCCGUCCGCAUCGACAGCCACAUCGUCGUCGACCCCGUCUUCCUCGAGGUCGUCGAGCAGGAUAACCGCUCCGAGAUGCAGCUCUCCCUAGUCUGACCUCAGUAGCGAUGCACCUGAUUCUCUGUAAACCUUAUCAUUUAUAAUUUAUGCAAUGCAAGUGCAAAUUUCCCAGUUC